GGAAGACCUUGACAAGAGGAUACCUGUAUAUCCAGGUUGCUGCUUGUGAUACCCUUAGCAAGUCACUUCUGCAGGUCCUUUGCUUUGUGAGGAACCAGGCCUGUGCUUAGUCUGGCCUAUGGAAGGAAGAGGUGAGUCUUGUGGGGUGUCACAGUGCCAGAGUCCAAGGUCCAGCUGCCACACAGAUGGAGCUGCAGCAGUGACAACUCCACCCAGCUAGGAGAACUGGCACUGCAGUGCCCUGUGACAUUCUCUCACAUCCUGCUGUCCCUGGUCAUCCACGUGGUGCCAUCCACUGUCUCCUACAUCCUUCCAUGCCCUUUGUGCCAACGUGCCCUGUCUGCUACUAUGCCCCAUAUCCCCACUGCCUUGUGCUACCUCCUUAAAUAUUGAAAGGCCUGGAACCUUCUCUUCUCCACAAGCUAAACAAUCCCAGUUCCCUCAACCUUUCCUCCCAGGAGAGGUGCUCCAACCCUCUGAUCAUCUUAGUGGACCUCCUCUGGACCUGCUUCGAGAACUCCACGUCCUUUCUGUACUUAAAUGACAUCCAUAGCCCUUCCCCCCUCCUCCAAAGCUGUCACUCUAUGGGAGAAGGCCACCAGGUUGGUCAGGCAAGAUCUGCCUUUGGUGAAGCUAUGCUGACUGUCUCAGAUCAUCCCUUUAUCUUGUAUUUGCUUUAACAUGGCUUCAAGGAGUAUCUGCUCCAUGAUCUUCCCAGGCACAGAAGUGAGGCUCCACAGCCUGUAGUUCACUGUAGUUUCUCCCUUUUAUAAAAGUAGGAGUAGUAUUUCCCUUUCAUUCUCUGUUAUGCAAAGCCACCCUGUGCCCACCACUAUGUCCCUGUGCCCCCUAAGCCACAAAGUGCUCUCCUGCCCACAUUUCCCCAUGUUCCUGUGCCCCCAUGCCAUCAAGUCCUCUCCAAAUGCUCCAGUGUCUCCUUCCAAGCCACCAAGUGUCAGCAGGUGCAUCCUGUCUGCCACCACCUGUCCCCCCAAGCCACAAAAUGCCUCCUGUACCUCUCCAUGCCCACACUGAGGGCCGUGUCCCUGUUUCCCCAGCCCCAAGUGUUUCCUGUCCCCCACCAAGCACCCUCCACGUCCCCUCCCAAGCCACACCAAGUGUCCCCUAUAUCCCCCAUCCCCAAACUCCCUUCCCCCCACACACACUAUCCAUCACGUCCCCACUACGCCACCAAUUGCUCCCUUAUCCCCAAAUAUCCCCCCUCCGAGCCUCUGAAGUGUCCUCCAUCCCCAACCAAAGGCUCCGUGCCACCGCAUACCCCGUCCGCCCACCAGGUGUCCCCACGUCCCCGCAUCCCCGCCUUGCUCCCAUGCUGCCCCGCUUUCUUCCCCGCCCCGAUUCUUCCCCGAUGGCUCCUCUGGCGGAUCUGUACCACCUGACGAUGGCGUACGCGUUGUGGCGGACGGGGAGGCACCGGGACCCCGCGGCCGCCGAACUCUUCUUCCGUCGGGAACCUUUCGGUGCCGCUUUCGCUGUGGGAGCGGGGCUGGGUCAAGCUCUGCGCAGCCUCGGGGCUCUUCGCUUCUCGGCUGCGGACAUCGCCUACUUGCGCUCGGUGCUGCCCAGCACGACGGAGGAUGCUUUCUUUGAUUAUCUAAGCACCGUGGACGCCUCUGAGGUGACCGUCACGUCUGUGCCUGAAGGCUCCGUUGUCUUCUCCAGGGUCCCGCUCCUACAGGUGAAGGGACCGCUGCUGGUGGUGCAACUGCUGGAGACCACCUUGCUGUGCUUGGUCAGCUACGCCAGCCUGGUGGCCACCAACGCCGCUCGAUUCCGCCUUCUUGCUGGCCCAGAGAUGAAGCUGAUGGAGUUGGGUCUACGUCGCGCCCAAGGUCCGGAUGGCGGACUUUCUGCCUCCAAAUAUUCCUAUAUUGGAGGCUUUGACUACACCAGCAACGUCCUGGCAGGGAAGCUCUAUGGCAUCCCAGUUCGCGGCACCGUCGCCCAUUCCUACAUCAUGUCCUUCAGGUCAAUGGAAGAGGUGCAGCCCAGGGUCCUGUCACCGCUGGCAGGUGGGGAGCCCAUGGAUCUCCCAUCCCUGGCUGAGUCAUGGCUGCAGCGGGUGUGUGAGCUGCUGGGCACCCCCAGUGACAAACCCAACCGUGGUGAGCUGGCUGCCUUCGUGUCCUAUGCCAUCGCCUUUCCACAGGACUUCCAGGGGCUGCUGGACACCUACUGUGUCAUGAGGAGUGGUCUGCCCAAUUUCUGUGCUGUAGCAUUGGCCCUACACCAGUUAGGGUACCGCGCCAUUGGGGUGCGCCUGGAUAGCGGGGACCUCAUCCAGCAGUCCAAGGAGACCCGGAGAGUGCUCCGAGCCUGCAGUGCUCAGUGAGUCCUGCAGACAUCUGGAGAGCAUCCCCUGCUUCUCCGCCCCUGCUUCCAGGUGCCCUGGUUUGGGAGCAUCCCCAUAGCCGUGAGCAACGACAUCAGCGAACGGAGCCUGGAGGACUUCAUCCGAGAGG